GCCAACGAUGGCGCGACUACCAAACAAUACAAGCAGAGAACAACACACAGCCGGAUGCUCUGUUGAACAAUUGUCUGGAAAAUAUUCCCGAAUAUUCCUGCGUACAUCUACGGGGUGUACAAAAGUUUUCGCUAUUAGCUGCAUGAUUUUUUAAUGCGCAUCGUAAUUUUCAUACAAAAUACAUCCAUCUAGUUGGUUUGUGGAAUAAGUAUUUAUAAUUAUAAUAAGUAUUUAUAAAGUAAUUUGUAUUCGACACGAUAUUCGAGAAAUUUCGUUAUCACUCAAAGAAAAUUACUAUUUGCACCGGUGCAACGUUCAUGAGUUACUUGGCGCGACUAUCGAAGAAAAACACAAGUGGAGUACAAUACAAAAUUGAGCAGUUCACCGAAUAAUUGUUUGGAAUGUCUCCAAAUAUUGUUACAUAUAUCUACAAGGUCUUCCUCGGUGUCCUCGGGCUGGCUGGCGAAGUAAAUGGUUCAUGCUCGAUACGGUGUCAAGUUACCCUCACGAUGCGGUGCGCAACGAGAGAACCACGGGAACCGGUCUGCACCCGAUGCCGAACACCACGAUAAUAUUCCAGCGCGAAUCGUGAAAGCUACGACAUGAAUCGCGAAACUAUCCCAUUGAUCUGGAGAAACGCGAAUUCGGGACUGUCGUUAUUAUUUGCGACUCUAUGUAUCGUUGACAUUUUCGGUGUGUUUCCGAUCAUCGCUUUGCCAUGUGCAAUCGUCCAAUGUGGAUUAUAUGGGAUCCCACUGGUGCUGAUUGUCUUUGGUUUGCAAAUUUAUACCGCCACUUUGCUGGGAAGAUCAUGGAUCAUCGCCAGUAAUCUGGAUCCGCAGAUCUCACGGAAGAAUCGCUACCCUCUCGCUGCUGUGACAGAGUUAACGUUGGGUUCGCGUGCACGAUCUAUCGUCACUGUACUUCUGGAUCUGACAGUCUUCGGUUGCGGUAUUCCCAAUCUGCUGGUCGCUUCGCAGAACCUACACCUAUUCGGACUCAAAGUAUCAGGACUGCGUUUCGAUCUCUCUUUCUGUUAUUGGCUACUGAUAGUUGGCGUAUUACUUUGUCCGUUAAUGUGGUUAGGCAGUCCGCGAGAUAUGAAAUGGGUGGCGACGUGCUCUAGUGUAGCGGUUAGUUUAACAGCGAUAUUAGUAUGGUGGGGUAUUAUAACUGAUGAUCGAAUGUCCAAUGCCACACCAAUAUCUACUUCCCCGACGUGGGAUAAAUUUAUAUCCGGUUACGGCAUGCUGGCCUUUCAGUUCGACGUGCAUCCAACACUAAUGACGAUACAAGUCGAUAUGCGUCGACCCCGAGACAUCGACAAAGCCGUUUUUUUCUCUUUCAUAACGAGCGGAUCCCUGUUUGCCGUUACCGUUGGAUUAGCUGUGUGGAAGUACGGCGACAGCACGACUGCGAAUAUCCUCGAAGCUAUGCCAUCAGGAUCAGUUACUAACAUCGCUGUGCUGUUGGCCGCCCUUCAACUGUGCUUCUCCAGCGUAAUCGGCUAUUCGGCGCUUUUCCAACAUUUGGAGGAUCAAUGGAGUGUGCAGAGAACCUUCGGAUGGAAACGAUGCGCCAUGAGGUCGGCGGUAGUUCUUCUCAGCGUAGCCGUGGGCGAAUCGGUGUCACGAUUCGACAUAGUCAUGGCUUUAAUCGGCGGAUCGUUGACCGGAUCGCUAGUGUUCGUGUUACCACCUUUGAUAUAUAAUCGAGCUUUAGCUUUGAAACAGAAGUCGACCCAAGCAGCGAUCACACGAGAAAUUCACUCGAGUUCUCGUAGAAAACUCAGCGAUGAAGAGGAACACUCGAUGGAUUCCGAAGCUCAUUCGCGUUCGAUCUACUACGGUUUUCUAAGUGCCACGAAUAAUUCUCGCAGAUAUACGUAUCUCUACUACGACGAUUUAACGGACGAUAAGAUAGAUUCACAAUCCAAAGAAUUUAUCGAUCGUUACAAAGAUGAUCGAGGCAAGGGAACUACUGAAAUUCCGCUGACCAACACGCAUCCGGAACAUCCGCAUCUCGUCGAUGCCGCCGAAUCGAAUAGAAUUCGAAACGUGAAACCCGCGGAUAGUCCACGAGAAGAAAUCACGGAGAAAACAUUAUUAAAGAAAAGUGAGAGAUCGUGCGAGAGGAUGGUUAAAUGCUUCGGCUAUUUUAUCGUGGCAAUCGGUAUUACAAUAACGGUGUCCUCAACGUACGUCAACGUCUGGAAUACUAUACGUUAUGUGCGUUUUACGCCGCCAUGCAUCAUCAACGCCACUGCAAGUCAAAUCUCCGCCUCAUAAUCGUAAUUUUGGAAAGAAGUAAGCAAAGUGCUUACACACUAGUGUUACAAGUAAAAAUAAUUUUAUAGAAAAUAAUCGAGUCAUGUAAUCUUUUUGUUUCUUUGUCCUCCUCUAUUUCUUUCUCUCAAGUUGAAUUUGACAUUAACAUCAAGUGCGGUUCGAUCGUUAUUUUAUAAAAUUCUUAUAUUUUCUUUAUAUUUAUUUUGCAACAUGUUUGAGCGUAUAUAUCAAGUUUACAACUUGUACAUUAAUUUGUUGUACAUAAACAAACAAAUUUUUACAAUCUCUAUAUCCACUCAAUUUACUCAAUUUAUUCAAUUUAACAAGCACGCGCAUAUAUAUUAAGUAUUGUAAAAUAGUUAAUAUUAUAUCAGUCACGAAUAUUUACUUUAAAUUAUCGCACUUAAUCUCGCACUC